GAUGUCGCUUGUGGGCAACAUGCAACAUGCGUAAAUGAGAGUGGCACCUUCAAGUGCAAGUGUUCCGUCGGUUUCACCUACAAAUCCUCCAAGAUGGACAAGUGUGAAGAUAUAAACGAGUGCAAUCCGGGUGUCUGUCCCAAAGGAAAGUGCGUCAACACCCUGGGAAGCUACUACUGUCAAUGUGAUCCUGGCAUGAGAUAUGAUGCCAAUGGAUCAUGUGUUGAUGUUGACGAGUGUACGGCUCAUCCUCAAAUCUGUGGGGAAGAUUCAACUUGCCUCAACACCAAUGGCAGCUACUCCUGUCACUGUCUUCCUGGGUUCAAAAGUAACAUUGGACUGUGUUUUGACAUAAACGAGUGUGUGGAGGAGAAACGUUACUGUGGAAACGAAGGGCUUUGCCACAACCUGAUUGGCAGCUACUGGUGUCAAUGCUCACCUGGGUCGACCAACUAUGGCCAAAACGGAACUAAAUGUGUCGAGCUCAGUUGUGACCCGCAAGAAGCGCGGCCUGGAAAGACUCUUCCAGGCCUUGGCAAUCUCAUGUCUCUGGUGAGAAAAAACUGUUUGAGUUUGAGGAACUCUUCAAUGUCUGGACCAAGUGGACCGCCAUUGGGGGGAGAUGUACUGUUGAAAGAAUUGAUUAAUGCCACUGACCUUGUUCAGCUGAACCACCAGAAUAACAGUGGUCCCCAUGGUGGCAGUGAUGUGACUAGUUUUUUGGAGGCCGUUGAAAAUUUCAUUAGACUGAUCGCUCCACAGCUGACAGAGAAGACGGCCAGGAUAGAGACUAACUAUACAGAGGCCAAUAUACUGGUGAACAGAAACAAGACUCAACCUACAGGUCCAGUCAGCCUGACCAGUGAGAACGCUCAGCUUGACACUACCUGGGAGACUGCUGUUGGAGAUCAAAAUAAUUACCCAGGGUUUGCAUUUGUCAGCCUGGUCAGCUUUAAGAAUGUGCAUAUUCUGAACGGCAACUCAUCUCAGACCCAGCAGCUCAUAUCCAAUGCUGUCAUAGUGUCUACUGGCAACCCCAACUCAACAAACCUGAACCAACCGAUCAACCUCACCUUCCAUCACCUGGAGGUAGCACCAUUUAAAAUGUUCGCUGACAAGGACCCCGACUGUGUUUAUUGGUCAGAAGAGAAUGGGGCGUGGUCUAGGCAGGGCUGCAACUUGGUGAUAACAAAUGCCACCCACACUUUAUGCUCCUGUAACCAUCUCAGCACUUUCUCUUUGCUAAAAGGACUACAACAGGAAAAGGUGAUGAGAACACAGGGAGGGCAGCUUUCGAGAGUAAUGUGGGCGGGCAUUCUCGUGGCACUGGCCUGUGUGGUCCUAUCCCUGACCUUGACCCUGCUGUGUCGUUUUGCCAGCAGAAGACGCCAUCGAGGACGCAACCAUCUUGAUGUGAAAUUCUUUAGAAAAUGAAACAUUGGUUUGAACAAUGGGUGGUAAUGUAAUGCUUUAUUUUGGAUCCAUUUGUAACAUUGUCCCUUGGAUUGCAAGGACAUCCAAAGCCAGCACUUGUUUUGGUUGUAUAACGAUAAACCAUUGUCAUGGAAAUUUUGAACUAAGGUGCAUUUGAGAAAUGUCUGUCUUUCUAUUGGCUGGUAUGUAAAUCUGUACUUUGAU